GGGAAUCGUUCGAUGACACCGGUAGUCGUAUGACUUCUACGAACGACACCUUUCCAACGUGGUCAUGGGUUUCGGCAUACGGCCCUAUCCAUUUCCGCGGCGCAUCCCCACGAGGCUGCAGUCUCGCGUUCUGGGGCAUCGUCACGUCGAUUGACACUCAACCAACAAUCUUGACCAUCCCCGAACCGAGCCAGAGGGACGAACUGCUCUUCUACGACGUCAACUACCCGCUGCAAGCACAAGUCGUCGCCGCUCUUGCCUGGCAAAACGGCUGUAUCCGCUCUGAGACCCCAGACUACGUGCUCCUAGGCUGUCCACGAAAAGAGUACAAAGCCCGCCUCUGGCGAAAAUGGCCCGACUAUGUUACGUACUGGCACGACGCCUUCGACGCCUACUACCACACAGCGAAUCCUGUCUUCUCUGACAGCGAUAUCGAGUUAGCACGGGUGCCUGGCCGCAUACUGGUACACUCUCAGACAGCGUGGUUUACGUUAGAGCACCACGCCGAGGAGCGCCCCGAUGCUGAAAGUGUCAGAGUGGGACGCCAUGCUUUCCUGCUUCGAAACAAGGACGGUUUGGUCGCGGGCGGUAUCUACCUCACCGAGCACUGGGCGAAGCCCUAUAAGAAUCUCGGUCGGAAAGAGCCAGUACGCUUCAUCGCGCUCUCGACCUCCCAGUACCCUGGCACGGCCCUCAUGAGCGGACUUCUGGGUGAAUGCGCUCAGCAUCUGUCCCCAAGCGCGCUGUAUGGUUGCGGUUGCAGCAAACCCCCUACCGAACAAAAACCCGCCCUACCCUCAAACCCAGAAUCAACAGCGCCCCAGCAUAUCCCAAGCUGCCCGCACCACCUUGCUUUCUCAGCCCGUCUUGAACACCUUCCUGCUCGUAAAUGGCCGCCGCGGCCUCGCCGCUGGGUUUCGACGUCGGAGAAGCGGGAUAUUGCGUAUACGAAACAUUUGGCGGACUUGAGUUAUUUUGAUAACGAGGGGGCGUUGGUGCAUCAGUGGGAUGAUGUGCCGACGCUUAAUGUCAUGAUGGUUGGGGAGGGUGGAGAAGGAGGAGUGGGAAGGAGGGUUGGGGUUGGGCAGGUGUAUUUGAGGAGGUGGGCGGAGGCGGACCGGGGAUUUGAGAGUGUGGUGAUUGAGUAGGGGGUGUUAGGGGCUUUGAUGAGUGAUGUGAGGCUGGGAUGAGGGUGAUGUCGGUGAUGUGAGGGUUGAUAGUGAAUGUGCUGCUAACUUAGGAUUGGCGUGGGCUCACGUGGGGCUUAGAAUAGUCAGUCAAAAGUCAAUGAGUUUGACGGAAGAAUUUUGAGAGUGCAAUGGGGGAAGGAUUCAAAGUAAUGGUAGGAAAGAGUGCAGAGGUGAAGGCGUUGCAUCUUGUAAUCCUAUUGGACUUUGAACCCGCAGAAUCGAUACCUAAGCAACUUGUCUGUACUGUAUCGCCGGCUGAUCUACCGCUCAGUGUAUGCUCCGCAAGGUUUCGAUCAGGGCUAGGAAUCACUUAAU